CUAGGCUCCUCCUCCUCUUCUCGCCAUUGCAGUUGGACCCAGCAGCUGGUGAGCACCGCGUGGCUUUUGCGGGAGAGAUCCUGGUGGGUUGUGGCAGGCGGUCUGCGGCAGUUGCGGUUGGGGAAGGGACGCUGACAAGAUAGCUGAAGUAUUGCUAACACCAAGGAAAUCUGUCACAAUUCGAAAAUAUAAGCAAAAUUUUAUUUCCAGACACUACAGAAAAAGAAGUAAAAAUGCGUCCAUUGCGAAUUUUUGUGAAUGAUGAUCGCCUCGUGAUGGCAAAGCAUUCUUCUGUUUAUCCAACCCAAGAGGAACUGGAGGCAGUCCAGAACAUGGUGUCCCACACAGAGCGGGCGCUCAAAGCUGUGUCUGAUUGGAUUGAUGAACAGGAGAAAGGCAGCAGUGAACAUGCCGAGUCCGAGAACUUGGACAUGCCCCCGGAGGAUGAGAGCAAAGAAGGGGCCGGGGAGCAAAAGAUGGAGCAUAUGACCAGAACCCUGCGGGGUGUAAUGCGUGUUGGCCUUGUGGCAAAGGGCCUCCUGCUCAAAGGGGACUUGGACCUGGAGCUAGUGCUGCUAUGCAAGGAGAAACCCACAACUGCCCUCCUGGACAAGGUGGCUGACAACCUGGCCAUCCAGCUCGCUGCUGUUACAGAAGAUAAGUACGAAAUACUCCAAUCUGUCGAUGAUGCUGCGAUAGUGAUAAAAAACACAAAAGAGCCUCCAUUGUCCCUGACUAUCCACCUGACAUCCCCCGUUGUCAGAGAAGAAAUGGAGAAAAUAUUAGCUGGAGAAACGCUAUCAGUCAACGACCCCCCGGACGUCCUGGACAGGCAGAAAUGCCUUGCUGCCUUGGCAUCCCUCCAACAUGCCAAGUGGUUCCAGGACAGAGCCAAUGGGCUGAAGUCUUGUGUUAUUGUCAUCCGGGUCCUGAGGGACCUGUGCACCCGAGUGCCCACCUGGGGUCCUCUAAGAGGAUGGCCCCUUGAGCUUCUCUGUGAAAAGUCCAUCGGCACAGCCAACAGACCCAUGGGUGCUGGCGAGGCCCUGCGGAGAGUGCUGGAGUGCCUGGCGUCAGGCAUCGUGAUGCCAGAUGGUUCUGGCAUUUAUGACCCUUGUGAAAAAGAAGCCACUGAUGCUAUUGGGCAUCUAGACAGACAGCAACGGGAAGAUAUCACAGAGAGUGCGCAGCAUGCUCUGCGACUUGCUGCAUUUGGACAGCUGCAUAAAGUCCUGGGUAUGGACCCUCUGCCUUCUAAGAUGCCCAAGAAACCAAAGAAUGAAAACCCAGUGGACUACACGGCUCAAAUCCCCCCCAGUGCCACCUACGCCAUUACGCCAGUGAAACGCCCAAUGGAGGAGGAUGGAGAGGAAAAGCCUCCCAGCAAAAAGAAGAAGAAGAUUCAGAAGAAAGAGGAGAAGGCAGCGCCUCCCCAGGCUAUGAAUGCCCUGAUGAGGCUGAACCAGCUGAAGCCCGGGCUGCAGUAUAAACUGGUUUCCCAGGCGGGGCCGGUCCAUGCCCCCAUCUUCACCAUGUCUGUGGAAGUAGAUGGCAGCUCAUUCGAGGCCUCCGGACCAUCCAAAAAGACUGCCAAGCUGCAUGUGGCUGUCAAGGUGUUACAGGACAUGGGCUUGCCUACCGGUGCUGAAGGCAGAAACUCCAGUAAGGAGGAGGACUGGGCUGAAGAAACUGAGGCCAAACCAGCUGUCAUGGCCCCUCCACCUGUGGUAGAAGCCGCUUCGACCCCCACUGCCACCUUUACUGUGGAUCCCACUACCGAGCAGGGGCCGAUUCUGACCAAGCAUGGCAAGAACCCCGUCAUGGAACUUAAUGAGAAGAGGCAUGGCCUCAAGUAUGAGCUCAUCUCAGAGACUGGUGGCAGCCAUGACAAGCGCUUUGUGAUGGAGGUUGAGGUAGAUGGACAGAAGUUUCAAGGUGCUGGCUCAAAUAAAAAGGUGGCAAAAGCACAUGCUGCCCUUGCUGCGCUAGAAAAGCUAUUCCCUGAUGCCCCUCUCUCCCUGGAAGCCAAUAAGAAGAAGAGAGCACCUGUGCCUGUCAGAGGUGGACUGAAAUUUGCUGCUAAGCCACAUAUCCCUGGUUUUGGCAUGGGAGGCCCCAUGCACAACAACGUGCCCCCGCUCCCAAACCUUCGAGGGCGGGGAAGAGGAGGGAGCAUCCGUGGUCGGGGUAGAGGAAGAGGAUUUGGUGGCGCCAACCAUGGAAACUACAUGAAUGCUGGCGCUGGCUAUGGCAGCUAUGGGUAUGGAGGCAACUUGGCAACAGCUGGCUACAGUCAGUUCUACAGCAAUGGAGGGUAUUCUGGGAAUGCUGGCAGUGGCGGCGGCGGUGGGGGCGGUGGUGGCUCCUCUGGCUACGGCUCCUACUACCAGGGUGACAACUACAGCUCCCCAGUGCCCCCCGGGAAGAAACAGCCACAGGGGGGCCAGCAGAAACCCUCCUGCGGCUCAGGCUACCAGCCCCACCCAGGCCAGCAGCAGUCCUACAACCAGAGCCAGUACAGCAACUAUGGCCCCCCGCAGGGCAAGCAGAGAGGCUAUAGUCACGGCCAAGGCAACUACUACUCCAACUCCUACAGCUCCCCCGGGGGCGGGGGCGGCUCCGACUACAGCUACGAGAGCAAAUUCAGUGAGUUGGCAUCCAGUCCCCGAAAAGCUCAACACUGUCCCACCUCUGGCGGGGAGGGGGGGGGGCUGGAAGGAA